CAAUCGUUCAGUCGUGAAAAAAUACUGGCUGCAUUUGGUGUUCCUUUGUGUUUGUUCUUCCGGUAGUUAAAAAUUGGAGUGCGGCAUUAUAAGAGUGCUACCUAGCCAUUCAGACACAUUCGCAAGCACAAAAGAUGCCUUCGAUUAAGCUACAGUCGUCCGACGGGGAAACCUUCGAAACGGAUGUGCAGAUUGCCAAGUGUUCUGGAACCAUCAAAACGAUGUUGGAAGAUCUCGGUAUGGACGAGGGCGACGAUGAAUCGGUGCCACUGCCGAACGUGAAUUCCGCUAUCUUGCGGAAAGUGUUGCAAUGGGCAACAUACCACAAGGAUGAUCCGAUGCCCGUCGAGGACGACGACAGUAAGGAAAAACGGACAGACGACAUUAGCUCGUGGGACGCCGAUUUCCUUAAAGUCGAUCAAGGCACGCUGUUCGAGCUCAUUUUAGCGGCAAACUAUCUCGAUAUUAAGGGUUUGCUUGACGUAACCUGCAAAACCGUUGCAAACAUGAUCAAAGGCAAGACACCGGACGAAAUCCGCAAGACGUUCAACAUUAAGAAUGACUUUAAUCCGGUAGAGGAAGAACAGGUUCGUAAGGAAAACGAAUGGUGUGAGGAGAAAUAAGGGAAAGAUGAGAAGUGAGUUUUGACUAAGUUGAGUUGUGUGGACAUCACAUUUCAAUUUUGUCUCUUAAUACAUGUUUUUUUUCGCACUAUAGAGGAAAGCAGGCGGAACUAAAGGGUGUUACUGUUCACAAUUACUGAAACAAAAACAUGUAAAUCGGUCAAACAUAAACAUAAAUAAAAUAAUGUUUCUUUGAAAGCUCAUUUCAAACCAAUUUUUACAGUAACACCCUACAAAUAUCUUUUUCUUAAACAUUAUCAAAACAUUAAACUUCCAAUGUUUCAGUUGUCACUAUAUCGUUCGACCCAGGAUUCUAAUUUUUUGACGCAUGAUAGGGAGAAAUUUAUUGCAACAGUGAGAUGUCGGAACGAUCGAUAACGCUAAGCUUGCGGCUACCGUUUGAACGAAGCGAUAAUAGUAACAAAACAAUUAAAAAAUAUCGAAUGCGAUGAGUUCUCGAGAUUAACUAUCACAGCUAUCUUCAUUUUCGUGGCAAACCCGUAAUUUUUCCGACAUUUGGAGAUAAUUUUUCAAGACAACACAAUAAAUAAGAUCAGCAACACGA